UGAGGCCCUGAGCCCUUGACCCACCAGGCCCCUAGCCCGCCCCUUACCGAAGCAGCAAAUCGGCUAUCGGCUAGAGCGCAAACCCCCCACCACGCCACCACCGAUCGCAUCGCGAGUUCGCGACCAUGGACGACGUUGUCACCGACGCGCCGCCGCCGUCCCGCUUCUCCCCCGACGACCUCGACAACUUCGCCGCACCCCUGCCGCAGCCCACCCCCAUCCUCGUCGUCUCCCCAAACCCUAGCCCCGCCCCGCGGCUCCUCGUCGUCCUCAUCUCCCCCACCUCCCUCGCCCUCCUCCCCUCCCCGCCGCCUCCUCUCCACGCCUCCCUCCUCCUCCCAGACCUCCCCUUGAACGCCAUCCCCGCCCACCGCACGCGCGCCGCCGCCAGGAGCCUCAUCUCCGGGCUCCAGCCGGAGGAGGUCCUGGUCCUGGACGCGGUCCGCAGCGGGGCGUACAGGGGCAGGCUCUCCGCGGACGAGCUGGUGGAGGGGAAGCUGGAGACCGGGGCGGCGCGGCGGCGGGGAGGCGUGGGCGCGGCCAAGGGCGUCGCGGCGCUGGCGCCUCCGGGGAGCGUGAUGGACGGGCUCGGCGCCGCCGUGAUGACGGAGUGCGAGAUCCGGGGGAAGGCCGCGAGCAUGGUGGUGACCUGGCCGGCGGCCGCCAGGCCCUCCGACUUCGGGGUCAUGCGGCGCGUGGCGGCGGAGCUCGGCGUCGAUCUGAAGGCCGCGGCCAGGGUCUCCGGCCGGGCCGGGUUGGGCGCGCUGUAUACUUAAGAUGAUAUCCCUUCCACUUCUCUGUGCUCAUGGUUCGUCUUGUUUGGCUUGUGCUAUUGAGAAGAGAAGUUCAGAGAAAAUCCCAAGAUGUAUCAGGGAUUCAGUAUUCAGCAAUGUUGUGUUCGGGCAUUCUGCGACAGGAUUAUGGACACACAAACUAAACUUUACUAGUGCAUUUCGGUGGUGCUAUCGAUGUUUUUAUGUUGUUGAAUGUUUC